CUGAGCCUCCAGCCUAGGUUGUGUAGGGCUCUUGGGUUAGUUCCUGUUAGGCCCCGGCCCAGGGAGUAGGUGAAGUCUCUAAGAUGCCUGGUGGGUCAGGGUACCGGGAGCUGUGAGGGAACGUGAGGCGGCUGUGAGCGGAGACCCGCGGCGGGCUUUAGUUGAGAAGCGGCGGCCGAGCCCGCCUUCCCUGCACCAUGCUCAUAGAGGAUGUGGAUGCCCUCAAGUCCUGGCUGGCCAAGUUACUGGAGCCGAUAUGUGACGCUGACCCUUCAGCCCUAGCCAACUAUGUUGUAGCACUGGUCAAGAAGGACAAACCUGAGAAGGAGUUGAAAGCCUUUUGUGCUGACCAACUUGAUGUCUUUUUACAAAAAGAAACUUCAGGUUUUGUGGACAAACUAUUUGAAAGUCUUUAUACUAAAAACUACCUUCCACCAUUGGAACCAGUUAAACCUGAGCCCAAGCCACUAGUCCAAGAAAAAGAAGAAAUUAAAGAAGAGGUAUUUCAAGAGCCAGCAGAAGAAGAGCGAGAUACUAGGAAGAAGAAAUAUCCUAGUCCCCAGAAGAGUCGUUCAGAAUCUAGUGAACGAAGGACACGUGAGAAGAAACGAGAAGAUGGCAAAUGGAGAGACUAUGAGCGGUACUAUGAGCGGAACGAGCUGUAUCGUGAGAAGUACGACUGGAGAAGGGGCAGGAGCAAGAGCCGCAGUAAGAGCCGCGGCUUGAGUCGGAGUAGAAGCCGGAGCAGGGGCCGGAGCAAAGACCGUGAUCCAAACAGGAAUGUUGAACACAGGGAAAGAUCAAAGUUUAAGAGUGAAAGAAAUGACCUGGAGAGCUCCUAUGUGCCUGUGUCUGCUCCACCUGCAAACUCUUCUGAACAGUAUUCCUCUGGGGCGCAGUCUAUUCCCAGCACUGUCACUGUGAUUGCACCUGCACACCAUUCUGAAAACACAACUGAGAGCUGGUCCAAUUACUAUAACAAUCAUAGCUCUUCCAAUUCUUUUGGUCGAAACCCACCACCAAAGAGGCGCUGCAGAGAUUAUGAUGAAAGAGGAUUUUGUGUACUUGGUGACCUUUGUCAGUUUGAUCAUGGAAAUGAUCCUCUAGUUGUUGAUGAAGUUGCUCUGCCAAGUAUGAUUCCUUUCCCACCCCCUCCUCCUGGGCUUCCUCCUCCACCACCUCCCGGAAUGUUAAUGCCUCCAAUGCCAGGCCCAGGCCCAGGCCCUGGUCCCGGCCCUGGCCCUGGUCCCGGCCCUGGCCCCGGCCCUGGCCAUAGUAUGAGACUUCCUGUUCCUCAAGGACAUGGUCAGCCUCCACCUUCCGUUGUGCUUCCCAUACCAAGACCUCCCAUUUCACAGUCAAGCUUAAUAAACAGCCGUGACCAGCCUGGGACAAGUGCAGUGCCCAAUCUUGCACCAGUGGGAGCAAGACUACCUCCUCCUUUACCCCAGAACCUCCUUUAUACAGUAUCAGAAAGACAGCCCAUGUAUUCUCGUGAACAUGGUGCUGCUGCAUCCGAGCGACUUCAGUUGGGGACACCGCCUCCUCUGUUGGCAGCUCGUUUGGUGCCACCUCGAAACCUCAUGGGAUCCUCCAUUGGGUAUCAUACCUCAGUCUCCAGCCCCACCCCUCUGGUCCCAGAUACAUACGAACCAGAUGGUUAUAAUCCUGAAGCUCCUAGUAUCACUAGUUCUGGCAGAUCACAGUACAGACAGUUCUUUUCAAGAGCACAGACACAGCGUCCUAACCUGAUUGGCCUCACAUCUGGAGAUAUGGAUGCAAAUCCAAGAGCUGCUAAUAUUGUCAUCCAGACUGAACCACCAGUUCCUGUUUCUAUUAAUAGCAACAUCACCAGAGUAGUCCUGGAACCAGAGAGCCGAAAGAGAACCAUUAGUGGUUUGGAAGGGCCACUUACGAAGAAACCUUGGCUGGGAAAACAGGGGAACAACAAUCAAAGUAAACCAGGCUUCUUGAGGAAGAAUCAGUAUACAAACACCAAAUUAGAAGUGAAAAAAAUCCCCCAGGAACUGAACAACAUUACCAAACUCAAUGAACACUUCAGCAAAUUUGGAACCAUAGUUAAUAUCCAGGUUGCUUUUAAGGGUGAUCCAGAAGCAGCACUCAUCCAAUACCUUACCAAUGAGGAGGCCAGGAAAGCCAUUUCUAGCACAGAAGCAGUUUUGAACAAUCGGUUCAUUCGAGUCCUGUGGCAUAGAGAGAACAAUGAGCAACCAGCACUCCAGUCCCCAGCACAGCUUCUCCUGCAACAGCAACACAGCUUGAGUCACCUUUCACAGCAGCACCAUAGCCUACCACAGCAUCUUCAUCAACAGCAGGUGAUGGUAACCCAGUCUUCUCCCUCAUCAGUCCAUGGAGGUAUCCAAAAGAUGAUGGGCAAACCACAGACCUCUGGUGCCUACGUUCUUAACAAAGUUCCUGUUAAACACCGUCUUGGACAUGCAAGUACUAACCAGAGUGACACCCCUCACUUGCUGAACCAAUCUGGUGGUUCUGGGGAGGAUUGCCCGGUAUUUUCUACUCCAAGCCAUCCUAAAACAAUUUAUAGCUCCUCAAACUUAAAGGCACCUUCGAAGCUUUGUUCAGGGCCUAAAUCUCAUGAUGUACAAGAAGUUCUGAAGAAGAAACAGGAAGCAAUGAAGUUACAGCAAGACAUGAGGAAAAAGAGGCAAGAAAUGUUGGAAAAGCAGAUAGAAUGCCAGAAGAUGCUGAUCUCUAAACUAGAAAAAAACAAAAACAUGAAGCCAGAAGAAAGAGCAAAUAUAAUGAAGACCUUGAAAGAACUGGGUGAGAAGAUCUCACAAUUGAAAGAUGAAUUAAAAACAUCUUCUGCAGUCUCCACGCCAUCCAAAGUAAAGACAAAAACAGAGGCCCAGAAGGAGUUGCUGGACACGGAACUGGACCUCCACAAGAGACUCUCUUCAGGAGAAGACACAACAGAAUUACGCAAAAAGCUCAGUCAGUUACAAGUUGAGGCUGCAAGAUUAGGUAUUUUACCUGUGGGGCGAGGAAAGACCAUGUCCUCUCAAGGCCGAGGAAGAGGCCGAGGUCGAGGAAGAGGGAGGGGUUCACUGAAUCACAUGGUAGUGGACCACCGCCCCAAAGCACUCACAGUUGGAGGAUUCAUUGAGGAGGAAAAGGAUGAAUUGCUUCAGCAUUUCUCAGCUACAAACCAAGCAUCAAAAUUCAAAGACCGUCGGCUACAGAUAUCAUGGCACAAGCCCAAGGUACCGUCUAUAUCUACUGAGACUGAGGAGGAAGACGUCAAAGAAGAGGAAACAGAAACCUCAGAUUUGUUUUUGCAUGAUGAUGAUGAUGAAGAUGAAGAUGAAUAUGAGUCUCGUUCAUGGCGAAGAUGAAAUUUGAUGGGAGUUGUGUAAUUUUUAGAAAUAUUGUUUAGAAGAACAACUUUUUAGAAUUAUUUAAAGAAGUCAAUGAGCCAAAAAUAUUUUUUUUAAUUUUUCUCUUCAACACAGUAGGUUUAAGGACAGCAAGUUGCUAUUCAAACAUGUCUCAUAAUUGUCUGUGAUAUCAGAUCACCAAAGGCCAUGACUUGAUGCAGUUGUGAAGAUCUGCAGCACUGACUGGAUUCUCUAGAACCUUACCUUCCACACCAUCUGUGUCUGCUCUUGGUGCUGGAUUACAAUGUAAAGACAGGGUGUUCAGAAAUUUUAUUUUGGAUUAUAAAUCUGCUGAUAAAAUUUCAUUAAAUGUCAAAAUUGCCUGGAAUCUCUUAACUCUUACCUAUUAUGGAUGGGUCGCCAGAUAGUAGGAGAUAUUUGUAAUUUAAAU